AUGUCUUCUUUCUCACCGGCAUCAACGCAGUCAGACACCCUGCCGACACCCCGCAUCCUCAUCACUAACCUCAUCAACUCUCUCACCUCGGCCCCUCUACCACCGCCAGGAAACACCGCCGGCAACAACGCAGCCGACGCAGCAAACCCCCUCAAAACCCUCCCACAAUCCCACCGUCCGCUCCUGGUAACCCUCCACGUCCUCUUUCCCUCCCUCGUUCUCCCGGCCCUGGACCUCCUAGACCGGAACCUCGUCACCCGCGUGGUUCCGGAGGCUACCACCCAUCCCUCCGCCGGCCUCGGCCGUGGCCACGACCACCGAGAAGGAAACAACCCCACCAACCCCGCACCCGCCGCCCGCCAACGUCAACCCAGUAUCAAUCCCAACGACGCCGCGUCCGAAGCGGCCGCCGAUGGACAGGGAUUACCACCACCACCACCACCACCACCACCACCACCCCGCCUCCAACCAGCAACAAACCAAGCUCCGUCAGCCGCCGCCGCAUUCCACCUCGUCCGCUCCGUAGCCUCAACAAUGACCCGCAGACACCACGCCGUCGCGACAUCAGCCUCCGCGUCGACGACGUACCUCGUCCACCUCGACGCCUGGAACUGCUCCUGCGCCAACUUUGCGUACGAAGCGUUUCCGGCAGUCGUCAGCGCCAGCAGCGGCGGCAGCAGCGGUGGCGGGGGCCACGACGUACGUUCGGACCUGGUCAUCAUGGGCGCAGAUGAAGUCGAGAACGACGGGGAGGACGACAACCGCGAGGCGAACGACUGGCAGUUUGGAGGCCUGAGUCUGGACGGCGUGGAUGAUGGUGGUGUGCCUUGCUGCAAACACCUGCUCGCUUGUCUUCUCUCCGAGCAGUGGGCGGAUACUUUGGGGAAGUAUGUCACAGAGAGGAGAGUGAGCAGGGAGGAGAUGGCGGGGUUAGUUGCGGAUGUGUAG